AGCGCUUCAGCCUUCAGCACAGGCAACUGUGUUCUAUUCACCGGGCUGUGCUCCUCGGAAGGGCUGGUGGUUCUUGUAAAGGUUUGUGCUCCCCGCGCCUUUCCUUCCUUUUCUCGUCUUCGGCGCCUGCGGGCACCGAGAGUCCUGGGCGAGGGAGGAGGAAUGGCGAAUCGGCGGGGCGUGUCCUUCACGCCGCCCCGUAGCUCGGGGCUGACGCUAUCUCAGCGCGCGACGUUUUGAAAGCCGGGAGGAUUCGAAUUGCAACGGCAGCUGCCGGGCGUAUGUGUCGGUGUUAGAGGCAGCUGCAGGGUCUCGCUGGGGGCCGCUCGGGACCAAUUUUGAAGAGGACUGAGAGUGGCUUUCACAAUGGAAGGGAUCUGUAAUUUCAAGACACCAAGCAAAUUAUCAGAAAAAAAGAAAUCUGUAUUAUGUUCAACUCCAACUAUAAAUAUCCCGGCCUCUCCGUUUAUGCAGAAGCUUGGCUUUGGUACUGGGGUAAAUGUUUACCUAAUGAAAAGAUCUCCAAGAGGUUUGUCUCAUUCUCCUUGGGCUGUAAAAAAGAUUAAUCCUAUAUGUAAUGAUCAUUAUCGAAGUGUGUAUCAAAAGAGACUAAUGGAUGAAGCUAAGAUUUUGAAAAGCCUCCAUCAUCCAAACAUUGUUGGUUAUCGUGCUUUUACUGAAGCCAGUGAUGGCAGUCUGUGUCUUGCUAUGGAAUAUGGAGGUGAAAAGUCUCUAAAUGACUUAAUAGAAGAACGAUAUAAAGCCAGCCGACAUCCUUUUCCAGCAGCGAUAAUUUUAAAAGUUGCUUUGAAUAUGUCAAGAGGGUUAAAGUAUCUGCACCAAGAAAAGAAACUGCUUCAUGGAGACAUAAAGUCUUCAAAUGUUGUAAUUAAAGGCGAUUUUGAAACAAUUAAAAUCUGUGAUGUAGGAGUCUCUCUACCACUGGAUGAAAAUAUGACUGCUCCUGCCUUCAUAACCAUCUUGCUUGUUUCAGUGACUGACCCUGAGGCUUGUUACAUUGGCACAGAGCCAUGGAAACCCAAAGAAGCUGUGGAGGAGAAUGGUGUUAUUACUGACAAGGCAGACAUAUUUGCCUUUGGCCUUACUUUGUGGGAAAUGAUGACUUUAUCGAUUCCACACAUUAAUCUUUCAAAUGAUGAUGAUGAUGAAGAUAAAACUUUUGAUGAAAGUGAUUUUGAUGAUGAAGCAUACUAUGCAGCCUUGGGAACUAGGCCACCUAUUAAUAUGGAAGAACUGGAUGAAUCAUACCAGAAAGUAAUUGAACUCUUCUCUGUAUGCACUAAUGAAGACCCUAAAGAUCGUCCUUCUGCUGCACACAUUGUUGAAGCUCUGGAAACAGAUGUCUAGUGAUCACCUCAGCUGAAGUGUGGCUUACGUAAAUAACUAUUCCAAAACAUUUAUAUAGUUACUAUCAGUAGUUAUUAGACUCUCUAAAAUUGGCAUAUUUGAGGACCAUAGUUUCUUGUUAACAUAUGGAUAACUGUUUCUAAUAUGAAAUAUGCUUAUAUUGGCUUAUAAGCACUUGGAAUUGUACUGGGUUUUCUGUAAAGUUUUAGAAACUAGCUACAUAAGUACUUUGAUACUGCUCAUGCUGACUUAAAACACUAGCAGUAAAACGCUGUAAACUGUGUAACAUUAAAUUGAAUGACCAUUACUUUUAUUAAUGAUCUUUCUUAAAUAUUCUCUAUUUUAAUGGAUCUACUGAAAUUAGCACUUUGUACAGUACAAAAUAAAGUCUACAUUUGUUUAAAACACUGAACCUUUUGCUGAUGUGUUUGUCAAAUGAUAACUGGAAGCUGAGGAGAAUAUGCCUCAAAAAGAGUAGCUUCUUGGAUACUUCAGACUCUGGUUACAGCUUGUCUUGAUCUCUUGGAUCUCCUCAUCUUUGGUUUUUGCUUUAAUUUAUUAAAUGUAUUUUCCAUACUGAGUUUAAAAUUUAUUAAUUUGUACCUUAAGCAUUUCCCAGCUGUGUAAAAACAAUAAAACUCAAAUAGGAUAAAGAAUAAAGGACACUUUGGGUGCCA